GGCGGGGGGCGCGCAGGCAACAGAGCCGGUAGCGGCCGGGAGCUCGCAGUGCGACCUGCGCUUCCCAGCGACCGCGUCCGGCCGUCUGUGCCCACUGUGCCCGUCGCGCCAUGGCAGUGACCGCCUUUCUGACCCGGCCCUGGCCACUGGCCCUGCUUCUGUUGCCAUCGCUGCUACUACUGGUGCAGACCGGCCUCGCGCGCGCCGACGGCAAGGUGUUGGGUGACCUGGACCAGGUGCGGAUGACGUCGGAGGGCUCGGACUGCCACUGCAAGUGCAUCCUGCGGCCGCUCAGCAGGGACGCGUGCAGCCGGGUGCGCAGCGGGCGCGCGCGCGUGGAGGACUUCUACACGGUGGAGACGGUGACCUCGGGCGCCGACUGCCGCUGCUCCUGCACCGCGCCGCCCUCGUCGCUCAACCCCUGCGAGAACGAGUGGAAGAUGGAGAAGCUCAAAAAGCAGGCGCCCGAGCUCCUCAAGCUGCAGUCCAUGGUGGAUCUCCUGGAAGGCGCCCUGUACAGCAUGGACCUGAUGAAAGUGCACGCCUACGUCCACAAGGUGGCCUCCCAGAUGGACACACUGGAGGAGAGCAUCAAGGCCAACCUGAGCCGGGAGAACGAGGUGGUAAAGAACAGCAUGCGCCACCUCAGUGAGCAGCUGAAGAGCUACGAGAACCACUCGGCCAUCAUGAUGAGUAUCAAGAAGGAGCUGUCCAGCCUGAGCCUCCAGCUGCUGCAGAGGGAGGCUGCUGCCGCCACUGCCACUGCCCCAGCCACGGGUCCUGGCAGCAAGGCUCAGGACACAGCUGGAGGGAAGGGCAAGAAUGCUGACAAAUACGGCGGCGUGCAGAAGAGCUUUGCAGACAGGGGCCUCCCAAAACCGCCUAAGGAGAAGCUGCUGAAGGUGGAGAAGCUAAGGAAGGAGACUGGCAAGGGCAGAUUCCCCCAGCCCACAGCCAAGCCCCGGGCCCUGGCCCAGCAGCAGGCUGUCAUCCGGGGCUUCACCUACUACAAGGCAGGCAGGCAGGAGGCCAGGCAAGAUGCAACUGAGGCCAUGGCUGACAAUGCCCUCAAGGGCACUUUCUGGCUGGAGCAGCUGCCCCCCAAAGUGGAGGACAGGCCCCUGGAGGCCAACUCUGCUGAGCAGGAAGAAACUAGGCCCAAGGCCUCAGACUUGGCUCCUGGCAUCUCUUCCUCGGACCCUGCCACCACCACCCCAGCUCCCACCACCACCCCAGCUCCCACCACCAGUCCCUGGCCCAUCAGUCCCCAGUCCACCAAGCUACCUAUGAGUCCAGAAGUCUCCAGUCAAGGGCUGGGAAUUGAACCCAGGGACUCAAGCAAGCCAGGCAGGGAGGCCAGCUGUGAGGGCACCCUCCGGGCUGUGGACCCCCCCGUGAGACAUCACAGCUAUGGGCGCCACGAGGGCGCCUGGAUGAAGGACCCUGCAGCUCGGGAUGACAGGAUCUACGUCACCAACUACUAUUAUGGAAACAGCCUGGUGGAGUUCCGUAACCUGGAGAGCUUCAAGCAAGGCCGCUGGAGUAACAUGUACAAGCUGCCCUACAACUGGAUCGGCACGGGCCACGUGGUGUACCAGGGCGCGUUCUACUACAACCGCGCCUUCACCAAGAACAUCAUCAAAUACGACCUGCGUCAGCGCUUUGUGGCCUCCUGGGCGAUGCUGCCAGACGUGGUCUACGAGGACACCACGCCCUGGAAGUGGCGUGGCCACUCCGACAUUGACUUUGCUGUGGACGAGAGCGGCCUAUGGGUCAUCUACCCCACCCUGGAUGACCGUGAUGAGGCCCAGUCCGAGGUGAUCGUGCUGAGCCGCCUGGACCCGGGCGACCUCUCUGUGCACCGGGAGACCACGUGGAAGACACGGCUGCAGCGGAAUUCCUACGGGAACUGCUUCCUGGUGUGCGGCAUCCUGUAUGCUGUGGACACGUACAACCAGCACGAAGGCCAGGUGGCCUAUGCCUUCGACACACACACGGGCACCGACGCUCGCCCCCAGCUGCCCUUCCACAAUGAGCACGCCUACACCACGCAGAUUGACUACAACCCCAAGGAGCGUGUGCUCUACGCCUGGGACAAUGGCCACCAGCUCACCUACGCCCUCCACUUUGUGGUCUAAGCUGGGACCUUGGCUCACCAGGGUGGGGAAGAGCUCCUCACCGCAACUCCUGCAUCCCACCAUCUGCACAUAUUUAAUGGGGUGUUCUUGGUGGGCGUCAAGGUAGCACUUCCUUAGCACCUGGCAGGUGAUACUUGCUUCCACUGGCGGCUCUUCCUGCAUUUACCCUUUUCAUCCUCCCAAGCCUCCCUUGGAGAGAGAGAUCUUGAAGCCCAUUUAACAGAUGAGGCCACAGAGGCCCCAUGAGGCAGUGUCCCAGUUGGGAUCAGGCAGGCUGUGUUCUCACAGUAACCCAAGCUCCCCCACCUGUAGCCCUCUCCAGCCAUUCCCUUCCUAGGGCUCCUCAAAGUUCAAGAGGCCAGUACACUGGUUCUGCCACCCUAGGCCCUGUUCUAGCUGAGCUACUGGUGGUGCUGGGAUUGGGGCCUCUUGGCCAAGAUCCCUGCUUCUUGCCUUUGGACAGCCCUCCUACCCUCCCACCCCCAUCGUCCGGCCACAUUCCAGACCUCCACCGUCACCUAGCCACUGAGCAGAAACCACACCCAAGAGAAAACUCUGGCGGUAUUCCCCAGCUCCUCCCUUCUGCCCUCACUCAGAUUAAGCCUGAUCUCCAUCACUGUCAUCUGCUUCUCAGCAACUGAGAUGGUACAGG